AUGACGCAGUUCAGCCCCACGGCCAUGGCAGAAGCUGUUUCUAAUUUUCUUCUGACGGCACGGGAGCAGGAAAAGCACAGCGGCCUGGCCAAGCGAUUUGACGAAGAGAUCAGCUCCUUGCGUGACACCAUCGCCGACCUCCAGCACCGCCUCGCCAUACAAGAAGGCCGCCCAGCCAGCGAUAAUUCUGCUGCCGUCAAGCGCCACGAAGAAGACAUCAAAGGCCUGCAGGACACUUUCGACUCCGAGCAAUGUCGAUACGACAAAAUAGCAGCUCGAAUUUCGAAAAUCGAGGCGGACAACACGAAACUGCUGGAGGAAAACACAGAUAUUUUUGCAGAGCUCCGCCACAUUGAGUCUCUGAUCAUGAUAGCCGAAGCCGCACGUGCCCAACAUCAAGGAGAGCAUUCUCGUUCCCUGGUCUCACGGCAACUCGCCACAAAGCAAGGAGAGCUGCAGCGACCUCCACUCCGAAACCUGAAACCCCAGGACGUUUAUGGACAGCAACUCCUACCUCGACAAGAAGCCGAAGAAGAGACCGGCUUUUCGUCUCCCAGAGGUUAUAGUCUCGAUCGUGCGCACCAGCAAGUCAGAUCACUCGAACAGCCACGCCUCCGAGGCGUCAAGCGUUCUCGCAUUGAUGACGCUGCUGAGCCUUCUCGCCGAAAUCUACCAGCUCAGGGACUGGACAAUACGCUUGGAUCUGAGAAACCCCACUACCCCGACACGCAUCAGAUGGAGAGGAGUGGGGAGAUAAAUGCUUAUGGCGAAGUCCCUAAUCGCAAAGAAAAGAAGCUGACACGUGAGCAAGCCCCGGCGGAAGCCAGAGUGAGAGCCUUUGCAGACCAUUACCAUUCCAUGCGGCGCGAGUUCCCUGAACACAGGCACAAAAAGGAUCAGCGACCUUUCAUCUGGCGCUUCAUCGACGGUGUAGAGGACCAAGAGCUCUCCCGUUGGUUACAGGAGUGCUUGAAGGAGAAUCUGCCCAAGAAAGUGCACCAGGCAAAGCGGCCCGCUCGUCGAGCCGGCGGUCGAAUCGUUGCUUUGAACCGAGACGUGACUUGGGAGGAGGUUAGGGAUGUUCUAAAGACGACCCCAUUGCCGGCCCUCACAGACUGA